AUGACAGCCGUGCAAGAGAACGUUGCCGGAGAUAGCCCAGUCAAGGUUCGUCUUGUUGGAAAUCAUGUUUUGAACAUGAAGAUGAGCGCCUCCACACCGAUUUCGUGCAUGCACAGACUACAUUGACGCACCAAUCCAAUCUGACAAUCUGUUUCUUCUCACAGAAACAAGUACUAAGAGUUCGAGUCACAUUUUAGAAAAAAAAUCCUAUCACAGGGCUCGGACGAGAUCAACAUUUUGCAGUCGACGUCCACUGCACCGCCCGACGAGAUGGACGCGGCUACUUCCACCACUACGCGGACCAGCCGUACAGCCUCCGACACGAGCGACCUGCUCCCAGAACAACAUACUGGCACGAGCAAGUCGAGUUCCUCCUCCAGCACCUUAUUCCGCAAGAUGAAGGCGGACAAUCUCCAGAAUGGCAAGCACAAACAGAUGACGGCUUUGCUCGACGGCAGCAUGGGACGGCAGUUGUGCGAGGAGUUCAAACUUCCCACGGACGACUUUUGGUUCCCAAAGAUUUGGUCCGCGGCAGCUUUGGUCAAACCGGAAUUUCACACUGCCGUCGUCGAGGCGCACAAAAGCUACAUCGAAGCCGGUGCGACGCUGAUCACGACGAACAGCUUCGGCACGCAGCCGACGUUCUACCCAAGAGCGUUUGGGGAGGAUGAGUGGGUAUUGAGCUUUCUUGUUUUUCUCCACGUGCCUCAAGCUAUCAAAGCCGGUGCAGUUUCUUCAAAACUACAUGCAAAAAUUCGAACGAACAAAAACACGACAUCAAUCAGGAAUCUCGCAUGCUUGCGGACGCUGAGCUGAGUUCCAAAUUGGCGGUCCAAGCGCGGAAUGAAGCCAACUCUACAAACGAUGUGAAGAUCAUCGGCUCGUUGCCAUCGCUCUUUGAGUCCCAUCGACCGGAUAUUUUUCUCAAAAAUGUGGAGGAGAAAGGCGAGGAAUUUGUUGUGCAUUACUAUCACAAGAUUGCGGAAGCGCUGGUAUUUGAUCUGUUAUUUUUUUGUCUGAAGGUGGCACGAGGACGAGCACGACAGUCGGUCGUAUGCGUAUCGUGGGGCCCACGAGAACAUGACUCAUAUUGGAAAACUUGACUAAAAACCGUAUAAAUAAACCCACCAACAGCUCCGCGGCGGCGCAGACGCGAUUUUGUUCGAGACCAUCAAUUGUUGGGAGGAGGCAGCGCUCGGGCUGGAAGGCAUCAGCAGACUACCGCAAGAGAUGCAGCCCGAGAUCAUAGUUGCACUAGAGGGCGCGUUCCGCAACCUGAAUUUGAAACCGAAUCCGCACCUGUCCGCGCACGCGUUCCGCGCGCUGCUGCCCAGAUUUGCGCUGUUCGACACCUUGCCAGAGCACCUCGCCACCGCGGUGUCGCUUUCCCCGGAGGAGCACGCGACGGCUUUUGAGGAAAAGAAGGGCAACUUGUUGGACCCGAAAACCGCGGUUAUUUGUCACAAAGCGGAGCCUGCGAAAUUGCAGGUGUCCUGUUUCGGGUUCAACUGCGCACCACCAGAGGAGAUUUUGGACUCCUUGCGGGCAGUCCGGAACGACUCUGUCCUGCACGAGAUUGUGACGGUACAAGAUGUCAAUGUUGUCAAAUUCAACGACGAAUGUUUUUACCUGGGUACUAGUAGAAUGAUGCGCAUGUCGACCCGAUUUUGACCCAGCCGUACACGCAACGGAACGUUUUCAAAAACAAAGCCAGAAACAUUUUUUGGAUCCGAAUUUUUUUUAGGUUUCCGGUCUCGAGCUCUGCGCCUACGCGAACGUGAACGAUCGGAAAGAGGCACAUGACAACGGCUUCGAGGUGCGCAAGGACCGCGCUAGUGCGAUCAAGAAGCGCACCGACCUGGCUCGCGAAAUUUCUCCUGCAGAAAAUGGCGCGGCGACAGAUGACAAGGAGGUAUGUUGCGGGUGGACGAUUUUUGCAUUGACCGACGUCGAUAUUCGUGCUGCGCUUGGUCAUUAAUUUCUUGAGAUGCACUUGGACGCCUUGUCUCCAAGAGCAAGAUGAAAAUUGAAUUUUGAUGCUCUACUUACUAAGGGUGAGAAUAUCUGUCGACGACGACGCACUUCCUCGGAUCAAUACUGUAUUCGUGAAAAAAACAGAAUCCGCCGAAGAAGCAUUAUGCGUACGACGGUUACGUUGACCUGGUUUGCGAGAUGGUGGACGCUGGCGCAACGAUUGUUGGCGGUUGCUGCGGAUGCGGCCCCGAAGGAAUCCACGCCCUCGGGCAUCGAUUUUUUUAAAGAGAAAAAAUAUCUCUCAGCCUGAAAUUUGAAUUUCAAAUUUGGUAUUUCCCCAUCAUGAUCAUGUCUUCUAGUACUACUACUCCCGUGCGCGAUGCUUGUUCUGGGAAUCGCGACUUGUAACCAAAAGUAAGAACAAAUGCGUCAAAAACAACUCACGUCAACGUCUAAUAUUUUCAUACGAACUUGAACAAGCAAAGCGGUGUCGUAUGUGGUUGUCCCAUGCACUGCUUUGCGAGUCAUAUACUGACACCAAUUCUAGAUAUUUUUGACAAAGAUGAAGGAUGAGUCUGAGCUCACCCCUCAGACUUUGCCGAUGAAAAGUAAUAAAUGGUCACUAAGUAUUAACUCGUCCAGGAACUUCCUGUUCUGGCCGAGAGCGAGAUAAACCUCCACCCAGUACCAAAAAUUUUCUCCCCCACGAAGAACAAAACAGCACGUUGCUCUCAGCCGGUGGACAGGACCGCUUGCAGUACUUUCUAGCCCGACCAGCUGCGAAUGACUUCGCCGAACUACAACCCUCAUGGCCUAUCAUAGACUACUUCUCAUGAUCUUCCUUGGAAUGUCAAUGUAGUAGAAAAACUGGUGAGUCCCUUCCGCGGAGGAACAACGUCCAUCUGGGGCGGGACAGAUAUUUUUUGUCGAACAAGAAGCCUCAUGCCUUCUGCAAAAGAAUAUUUUCAUUUUGUGCUUGCAGAAGUUGAAGGGGCUGGGGCUACCACCUAUAACGUGUUAAGAUAGAAGUUUGACGGCUGGAAUAUCGUACGUUUUCCGCACAGCACCUGAUUCAUACUGCUGAUUUUUGCACAUAUUGGCAGAGGGGGUCUUCUUCAGUUGUUGCCUGACCAGCAGGAGUGAAAAGGUGGAGGCGGAGUACCAGAAGCUACUGCUAUUGAAUAACCUGCUCGACAAAUAAUUCAAAUUCCGAUUCGUGGCAAGUAAACCUAGCGAAAUUUUGGUGCAAGCGGCAAAAAGUAAAGCCGACGUUUUGUUUCUUCAUGACAGCGUGUGUACAACUUAGGUGGUGGAGCGGGCGACGUCAUCGAUGUCACUACCGCCUCAUUGCAACAUCCGAAGAACAAGACCAAAUGAGGAGGUUUGCUGCGCUAGAGUUUACUUCUUCUGAAGCUUGCGUAAGAUGAUUGUUAGUCCUGAAUAUGGCGAUAGCGGCUCUACUCUAGUACUGGUGCUACACUAACGAGUGCCGUGUAUCGUUCACAAUGUAAAACCCUUUGCCUUUCGUUGCGGGAUAACUCACUGUGUGCAACUACAGGUAGUACGAUUGCGGCUGUUCAAUCGGCAGCUGCACAAAAUAAAAUGAAAAACUGACAUCGCGAGCAAGAGUUUAGAUUUUGGCCCCCGCCUCACAUUAGAGCCUCGAACAAUUUCACAACAUACCCAUACCGAUAAGAAACCCAGAUGAUUUGUGGUUGCCCUUGACUGCGCGUAUUGAAGGAUAGCACAGCCCUAAAAUGAAAAAUGAUGAGAAGAAGUUUCAGACUACCAAAUCAACACCCGGCCAAAAUGAGGAAGUUCAAUGUUUUAGAAGGAGCAACCGAGUACAUUUUACUAGAGAAAUGCAG